CAUAUGUAUGGAUAUCACCUGAUUCUUCUUACAAGAGUUUAAAUUGUGUGUAAGCCUACCCUAAACAUGAGUGGCUCCAAACCUGAUAUUCUGUGGGCCCCACACCACGUUGACAGAUUUGUUGUGUGCGAUUCGGAAUUGAGCCUUUAUCACAUUGACUCUGCUGUAAGUUCAGAACUCAAGGCGGGGUCCUUGCGGUUAUCAGAAGAAACAACAGCUACGCUGUUGUCUAUAAAUUCAGAUACACCGUAUAUGAAAUGUGUGGCUUGGUAUCCAAAGUAUGAUCCUGAAUGCCUCCUUGCUGUUGGACAGGCCAAUGGUCGAGUGGUUCUUACUAGCCUUGGUCAGGAUCACAACUCAAAAUGUAAAGAUUUGAUAGGCAAAGAGUUUGUUCCCAAACAUGCACGGCAGUGCAACACCCUCGCAUGGAACCCACUGGAUAGUAAUUGGCUUGCUGCCGGGUUAGAUAAACAUCGGGCUGACUUCUCAGUGCUGAUCUGGGACAUCAGUAGCAAAUAUGCCCCAGAGACUGCAGUUGCUACAGAGAAAGUAAGACUUUCAUCAGGAGAUGCAGAAGCAGGACUGGUAGUAACAAAGCCACUAUAUGAAUUAGGUCAGAACGAUGCUUGCCUCUCUCUUUGUUGGCUUCCACGGGAUCAGAAGCUGCUUUUAGCUGGAAUGCAUCGAAAUCUGGCUAUUUUUGAUCUGAGGAACACAAGCCAAAAAAUAUUUGUAAACACCAAGGCUGUCCAGGGAGUGACUGUCGAUCCCUAUUUCCACGAUCGUGUAGCUUCCUUCUAUGAAGGUCAGGUUGCCAUAUGGGAUUUAAGAAAGUUUGAAAAGCCUGUUUUGACCUUGACAGAGCAGCCAAAACCCUUAACAAAAGUUGCGUGGUGUCCAACAAGAACGGGACUGCUAGCUACUUUAACAAGGGAUAGUAAUAUCAUUAGACUGUAUGACAUGCAGCAUACUCCCACCCCUAUUGGAGAUGAAACUGAGCCAACAAUAAUUGAAAGAAGUGUCCAACCAUGUGAAAACUACAUUGCUUCAUUUGCCUGGCAUCCCACAAGUCAAAAUCGAAUGGUAGUAGUGACUCCCAACAGGACUAUGUCUGACUUCACAGUUUUUGAAAGAAUUUCUCUUGCGUGGAGUCCAGUGACCUCCUUGAUGUGGGCUUGUGGACGACAUUUAUAUGAGUGUACAGAAGAAGGAAAGGCUAGUUCCUUGGAAAAAGACAUAGCAACCAAAAUGCGGCUCAGAGCUCUGUCAAGGUAUGGUCUUGAUACUGAACAAGUUUGGAGAAAUCACCUCCUAGCUGGAAAUGAAGAUCCUCAGCUGAAAUCACUUUGGUACACUCUGCAUUUUAUGAAGCAGUAUACUGAAGAUAUGGAUCAAAAACUUUCAGGAAACAAAGGUCCCUUAGUUUAUGCUGGCAUUAAAUCAAUUGUGAAGUCAUCUUUGGGAACAACAGAGAACCUCAGGCACAGCAGGAGUGGAUCUGAUAGACAGGCAGAUAUUAUUCAGUAUCUGAGUGAGGAGAGGUCCUUGGCUUUGCAGCUUUGUGGGUGGAUAAAGAAGGGAACAGACUUAGAUGUGGAACCUUUUCUAAAUUCAUUGGAACAGGAAGGAGACUGGGAGCGAGCUGCUGCUGUAGCACUUUUCAACUUGGACAUACGGCGAGCAAUACAAAUUCUAAAUAAAGGGGCUUCCUCAGGAAAAGGUGAUUUGAACCUUAAUGUAGUGGCAAUGGCUCUAUCAGGCUACACGGAUGAGAAGAACUCACUUUGGAGAGAAAUGUGCAGUACUUUAAGACUGCAACUGAACAAUCCCUACUUGUGUGCUAUGUUUGCUUUCCUGACAAGUGAGUCUGGUUGCUAUGAUGGUGUUUUGUAUGAGAAUAAUGUAGCUGUACGAGACAGAGUGGCAUUUGCUUGCAAGUUCCUCAGUGAUGCUCAGCUGAACAGGUUUAUUGAAAAGCUGACGAAUGAAAUGAAGGAUGCUGGGAAUUUGGAGGGAAUACUGUUAACAGGGCUGACAAAAGAUGGAGUUGACUUGAUGGAAAGUUAUGUUGACAGAACUGGAGAUGUCCAGACAGCAAGCUAUUGCAUGCUACAGGGUUCUCCGUCAGAAGUACUUAAGGAUGAGAGGGUUCAGUACUGGAUUGAGAACUACAGGAAUCUUUUAGAUGCUUGGAGAUUUUGGCAUAAACGUGCAGAAUUUGAUAUCCAUAGGAGUAAGCUGGAUCCCAGUUCAAAACCUUUAGCCCAGGUGUUCGUGAGUUGCAAUUUCUGUGGAAAAUCAAUCUCUUACAGCUGUUCAGCUAUUCCUCAUCAGGGACGGGGUUUCAGCCAAUACGGAGUUAGUGGUUCACCAACAAAGUCAAAAGUUACAAGCUGUCCUGGUUGCCGUAAACCCCUUCCUCGCUGUGCACUUUGCUUGAUAAAUAUGGGAACACCAGUUUCCAGCUGUCCAGGAGGAUCCAAGUCAGAUGAAAAAGUGGAUCUCAGCAAAGACAAGAAAUUAGCCCAGUUCAACAACUGGUUUACUUGGUGUCACAACUGUAGGCAUGGUGGACAUGCUGGGCACAUGCUUAGCUGGUUCAGGGACCAUACCGAGUGCCCAGUUUCUGCCUGCUCUUGUAAGUGUAUGCAGCUGGAUACAACAGGGAAUCUCAUUCCAGCAGAGACUGUGCAGGCAUAAAUAUUGCUUGAAAAUGUGAGGCUUUCUUGUGGAUCUCCAUCAUAGCCCAAGCAUAUAUUUUAUGACAAAGGUCACUUACUAACUGUGAAAAAAUAAAUUGCUAUUGGGUUAGUAAAAUGCUGUGUGUAUGACUGUCCUUGGUAGAGACAGGUAUUCCUGAAAUGAGCCUCUGGGUGUAGUAUGUGGUCCUUGUUCAGAGGAUUGAAGCAGUUCAGUUCAAAAGCACUCCUGGAAUCGUGGACUCUUUGGAUUUCCUGAA